AUGAAAGAACUUCGAAUUGUAUCGUUCGUCAAGGUUGUCAGAAAAUUGCUCUUGAAUAUAAGCAGUGCUCAAUCAUGUAAGAUCCACCUAACAUUUGAAAUAAUUUGCUUCAUUUUGAAAGUCAUCAACGCAAUUUUGCAUGUAUGUCGAAUUGAACAAGCUAUAAUGCUAAGUGAAAAGGGACAAUUUUGGAUUCCAAGAGUCUUUCACAUCAGGGGCAGUGGUUUCAAUGGUUCUUUGUAUUUCCUAUAAGUAUUAACUGGAUAACAGCCAAUAAAUGUUAGGGAAUGUUAUCUUGCAACAAAUGGCAGAGCAUUUUAAUUUUAAUUUGAAUAUCUAAUAUAUAAUUUGUCAAAAGACCUAUUAUUUAAUCGGCCUAUUCUGACUAAUUGUUAAUUGCACUUUAACACAAAAGUCUUAUACCAUAGAAGUAAUGAAGGUGUGAAAUUUAUAAUUCAGUCUCAGUAUUAUUUUGAGUUCGGCAAUCAUUCUUCAUGUUUAGAGCAUCAGCAUGGUUAUUAAUUUGACAAUAACAACUGCUUGUGUUAAGCUAGCUCAAUUUCAUGUUGGAUAAAGACACAGAUAGUCAUUAUUCAUAUAAGUCAUGUUCUUACUUGCAAUUAAGUUUUAUUAUUAUUAAUUGCAAAUUAACUGGGGCUGGAGUAUGUCUAACUUUUGUUCAAGGAUUUUGAUGCAUUUUGCCGCAUGCAUAUCCUUCAUGACCAUCUUUACUUAACUUACCCUGUCAAUCUUGCAUUGUUUAAGGAAUGGCCUGCAAAUUUUAUUGUAGGGUUGACCAAGAACUAAAGACGAUUUAUCAUAUCCUUUCUUAAGGAACUGUUAUAAUUGAAUUCCUCUUUUUAUCAUUCCUGUAAGUUCUGCCAUUUGUAGAUUAUACGAGACUAGAUGAGCAGAAACUUGCGAUCCAUGCUGUAAGUGAUGUUCCGAUACUAUUAGAUAAAGUUUUCCUUUUUUUAGGAUUAUACUUAGAUAGAGUUAUACUAAAAUCUACACAAAAUAUACCUCACAUCAAUUAUUGGAGUCAUUGGUCUAAUUAUUUUUCAACCAAUUCUAAAGCUCUAAAUUGCUCUGUUGAUGUCUAGUAUCUCUCCUUAUUUUAGCUAAUUCUCUGUGCCCUUGCAACUGCAUCAAGAAUGUUAUGCUAGCUAUUCAUUUUAAGAGAAACUUUCUUCCUUUCUCAUAUAUAUAAUUUAUAUCAAGAAUUAUUUUCCCUGUCUGAGUAAAUGUUCAAGUUAUUGCCCAAGAUAUUUUGACAGCAUUAUUUAUUCUUUAGUAUUCCAGUCUCGUAUUUGUUAAUUAUACAGCUUAGAAAGAAUGUUUUAGCAAAACAAUAUUUUUAAUAGAGCAACUGAUCUACUGAUUGCAGUGCUGACUUCAUUGAUAAUGGUAGCAAUCAAUGUUAACCAUAUGCAACCCUUUUUUAUAUUAACUGUCUAGGAUACAGCCUAAUGCUUGUAAUAUAUGUACUUGCAAAUCUUAUAUGCCAAAAAUAUUUUAAAGUUUUAUCACCCCUUCACCUAAUAAAAAAUAAUACUGAUCAUAUAAUAUUAUAAUUGUGCUAAGAGGAUAUUUCUUGAAUACUUCAGGUGA